UUAUGUGAAUUUACUUGGCACGUAUAGUAGCUAAUAUCUCAGUGCUAAUCGGUCGACCUUGUUGCACCAGUAUACACAUAUGCUCGCUACAAGGAACAGUUUGGGGAUCUAGAGUCCAUGGGUUACCCUGAGCCACCAAUAACCAUGCCAGAUGGUGAGUUAUUAUUACUGACCCUUUUUUACAGCUCUGUUGUACAACUAACAACCACAUCUAUCUUCCAUCAGAUGAUAUGCUUUUGGUUAAUACUUUCGAGGAGACUUUUGGCGACACAUACCCUGAAGGUGAUUGGCAUGAAUUCAGUAAAAAGGGCUCUUCCAACAUAGAUCGCUAUGUUGUCGCGCUUGCUUCAUUCAGUGGAGAGAAAAGGCAUUUUGCAUGCUCAGGUUUUUUCAUCGAAUGGAAUGGAUCUACGGUUAUUCUGACAUCGGCGGGCUUGGUCAGGAGUUCAACUGAUGAAAACAAGAUUGAUGAAAACUUGAGGAUCGAAGUGUUGCUUCCCAGGAGACGGCGCAUAAAGGGCACGCUACAGCACUACAGUCUACACUACAACGUUGCUCUAGUCGGCGUCGAGGAUUGCCGUGUUGUUCGUCCAGCAAUUAUUCAGCGUCUUCGGUAUGUGUGCUCUAAAAUAGCAGCCGUAGGGCGCUGUUUCGAAUCAGGCGCGCUGAUGGCCGUGAUCGCGGAAGAGGUCACCUGGACAGGCACGCUCGAUUGCGUUUGCGUUGAACGAAUCUCACGUAGAAUCACCAAGGCUGGUAUGGGAGGACCCCUUGUUAAUAUGGACGGGGAAGUUGUCGGCAUGGACUUCUACGACACGAGGAUCGGAACCCCUGUCCAGGGCCGGUCCUGAUAUUUUGAGGGCCCGGGGCGAAACUAUAAUUUGUGGCCCUUAAAAUAAACACUAUAAGAAUAUAUGAUCACAUAAGUACACAAAUCCGACAGGGCAUGUAUAUUGGUGAAUAUGGUUUCACUCACAACUCUUAUGAAUAGUUAAUUUGAAAAAAAUACUAGUCAUAUAAAAAAAAAACAGAUUAUACAUAGGUAUUAAGUUUCACAAGGAAAUGACAUUCUAAGCAAAAUGCCAAAGUCGAAGUUAUAUUGAAAAAUAUUUUUUUGAUGAAUAGUAAGGCCUGAUUGUAUUUUCUUCUCUAAGAAUACCACUGGUCCCAUUUCUCCACAUAGCUUCACAAGUGAGUAGAAUGGUCGACCAA